CCGACAUUUCUUACGAGGCACUGAGUGGAAAGUGAUAAGGAAUAUGUCGUCUGCUGGUUUCCGCGACAACAGAGACAUCUGGUGACCCCUGUCUACGUCAGAUAACUCGUGUCAGAAAAAUGACCUUCAGCAACGCCCGCAAAGUUAGACAAGGAAAAACAGUUUUUCUGGACACCAACGAGCAAGUUUAAAGUUACAAAACACCGUUUUGAUGUAGUAGGAAAAAACAUAAGUGUUGAAAAAGUAAAAAAAAAGGCAAAUUUAAAACUCUAGACUUUCUGAUUACACAUUUUCCCCUUGUAGAGUGUAGUAUAGUGUCCGAGAAUCAUGUGGACACAGAACUGUACCAGUGUCAUUGGUCAACAAGUGUUUACACACGUGGACUCCACUCUCCUCGCCAUCACGGACGGCGCACCAUUAAAACCGAUUCCAUUCGUGGAAAUCAUCCUCAAAGUAUUUUUCUACCUUCUUGUUUUCUUACUCGACAUCAUUGGAAAUUCGAUCGUAGUUUUCAUCAUUUAUGCCAACAAGCGCAUGCGUACUUCGGCGAACAUUCUGAUCGUGAAUCUGGCAAUAUCCGACAUUCUGGUUGGCUGUUUCUGUAUGUGGGUUCACCUUGGUAACCAGAUCACACACAAUUGGCCGUUCGGAGCGUUCCUCUGCAAAUUUGAGACCUUUGUACAAGUGGUAGCAGUAAUCUCCAGUGUGGUGACUCUUACCUCUCUGUCCAUAGAAAGAUUCCUCAUUGUGAUGUUUCCAAUGAAAGGCAGACUUUCUAAAAACUUGUUAACCUUCUUAGUAGUCUUCUCCUGGGUCGCUGCCAUAGGAACGAGCGCGCCAAAUCUGAAAGUGAGACAAAAACUCGAAAUCCAAUGGAGGAAUCGUAAAGACGUGUGGUGUGACGAGAUUUGGCCGAGAUUUUACACGGAUACGAGGUGUAAUUCGGACCAGCCCGGACGGAGAAGUUAUUACGUUUUUUUGUCUGUUUUUAUGUACUUUAUCCCUAUCACGGUGAUGAUGUUGGCCUAUGGACUCAUAGGCGUGAGGUUAUUCCGGCGUCAGAUGCCUGGUAACGGGGUCACUGCUGUCAACGACGUGCAUGGCAACGCAAGGAAAAAGGUGAUGAGGAUGUUUGUGGUGGUUCUAACAGCCUUCAUCGUGUGCUGGACUCCACAACAAAUCCUGAUUCUGUACAGAGUGUAUAGGGACGAACAAAAACAGGUUCCGUAUUACCUCAAAGACCUCCAGUAUGCGGCCCUGUUCGUGGCGUACAGUAACAGCGCCAUCAAUCCAAUCAUAUACGCUGGGAUGAGUCAGAAAUUCAGAAAAGGGUUCCACGACGCCAUGGCGGUCCUCAAAACGUGGCGGCAAAGAAACAAAAUUCAGCCUGCUCUGAGCUGUGGACACACUCUCCCAACUGUACACAAUAACCCAACAACAGAAGAACCCUGUCCAUUUACAUCUUAAUCCGGUCUUACCCCACAACGCAUGCGCAUUGCCAGUCAUCAAGAUAUACUCCCGGAAUGAGUUCCAAAGUGGAUGUUUUCAAUACUGUUUUGCGUUGAAUAAUUUUUUCGAGAUUCAAGGAUUUUUAUAUCAUUAAAUCGUUUUAAACCUGUUGUUAUAAUUGUUUAGCGCUCUUUUGAAAACAUACAAAUAAAACUUUAAUUUGUAUGAUAUUAUUUGUUAUAUAUGUCUUGAUUAGUACACGUAAAAUAUACUAAAUGUACG